AGGCAGUGGACGAGGAUGUGUCUUCUCAUCUUAGUGACUCUGCUUUGGUCCAGCCCAGGUGUUUUAGGUGCAGAACAAACUUACUGUCAUGAAACAUACAAAGAAUUCUGUCUCAAACUGAGUGAAGGAGAAAUAAGAGCAGAGGCUGGACUGUGUGCAGUCAUACACUGCUCUUUUAAAACCACUUCAAGCUUUUCUCCCGACAGUCUGGUCUGGUACAAAUGUGAGUCUUACAGAUGUAGUGACUCUGAUAUAAUAUUCCACUCCAAAAACAAAGAGAUGAUCCAGUCAAAUUUUUCUGGGCGAGUGUCACUGUUGGAGCCAGAUCUAGAUUAUAGAAACUGCAGCAUCAUCAUCAAUGACCUGGACCCCUCUGACUCUGGCUCAUAUCAGCUCAGAGUCAAUAAAAACAAAGAUGGAUUUACAUUCACCCAUAAAGCCAAUCUCUCUGUCACAUCUCUGCAGCAGAAGCCCACAAUACAGGCUCCUCCUCUCACAGAGGGACAGAACGCCUCUCUCACCUGCACCGCUCCUGGACUCUGCUCUGGAUCUGAGCCCAUCAUCACAUGGACAUGGAGAGGAGCGGGACAGAAGGGCCCGCCCAACAUCACCACGGCCACCACUCCCAGACUGACAGCUGUCAGUCACAGACAGCCGAGUCCUUCAGCCGAGCUUCACAGAGCUGAGCUCACCUGUACUGUCACUUUUAAUAACAAGCACUCGACACAGGACACUGUCAGGCUCAAUGUUACAUGUGAGUAA